CAAUGAACACAACCAACUGACAGCCCACAGGCCGCUCUGCUCGCAGGCUCAUUGUAUCGUUUAUCCUCACACGACCCGAUCACUCACCCGAAUCGAAUCGAUCAAGGUAGGCGGAGGAAAUCGAUGGAGACGGCGGCGGCGGAAUCCGGCCCCGCCUGCGAGAUCGCGCGCCUGCCAGAGGAACUCCUCUCGGCGUCGAUCGCCCGCGCCGCCCCGCGGGACGCCUGCCACGCCGCCGCGGUCUCGCCGGCCUUCCGCGCCGCGGCCGACUCCGACGCCGUCUGGGCCUGCUUCGUGCCGCGCGAUGUCCCGCCGCUCGCCGACGGGGAGCUCUCCCCCGCGCCGCCGUCCAAGAAGGCGCUGUUCAUGCGGCUCUGUGACAGCCCCGUCCGCCUCGCCGACGGCCUCACGAUCAUGUGGUUGGACCGGGAGACCGGCGCCAAGUGCUACAUGCUCUCGGCGAGGGCGCUGUGCAUCAUUUGGGGUGAUACUCCGUGCUACUGGCGCUGGGUCCCCAUCACCGGCUCCAGGUUCUCGGAAGCUGCUGAACUACUGCAAGUUUGGUGGUUGGAAAUACGUGGCAAGAUAGAUAGCAAGAUGCUCUCCCAACACUCAACAUAUGCUGCUUACAUUGUGUUCAAAGUAGCUCCCGGAGCCUAUGGGCUUGGUUCCCCAUACCCGGAGACGACUGUCAGCCUUGGAGGAAGCAAAUCAACAUGCCACGUUUGCCUCGAUGUCUCUGACAGGGACGAUGAGGAUUCGUGGUGGACAUUGAGGCCAAGUAGGAGAAGCCAUCUUGAAAUUCCUCUCUCAAAUGUACUGCUUCCUCAACAAAGAGCUGAUGGCUGGAUGGAGUUGGAGAUGGGAGAGUUCCAGAACGAUGAAGGUGAGGACGGUGAGGUUUCCAUCAGCCUUAUGGAGACGUCAGCCACCGUAAAGAUUGGCCUAGUCGUGCAGGGAGCUCAGGCCUAAGAAAAAAAGAGCACUGAGCUUGUAGGAUUGAGAACGUUGUGCGAGUAUAAAUAGACAGUGAAAGCCAUUUUGUGAUCUGUAUUCUGAAUAGGGUAUAGCUAAUUAACCACACAACGACUUGAUGAGUUGCUCUCGUUGUAUCACAAUGUUACGGACCUGAGUUAGCACCUGCAGGCUGGUGCUGUUACGGACGUAGUAUGGUUAGUAUUUAUCUACUGUAAAAAAAAAACUGUAGUUCUCUUGCCUGUCCUUAUAAACCCAUGAUCGAAACAUAUGGUUUGUAUCA